CUCUGAAGAGAUCACUUUCUAGUUAAAGAUGGCUGCUGAUACUUCUGUUGAAAUACUUCAGAAAGUUCUGGAGAAUGAAAUACUUCAGACUACCAAGGUUGUGGAAGAACAUCUGGAUGCUGAAAUGCAGAAGCUGGAUCAAAUGGAUGAAGAUGAAUUGGAACGCCUUAAACAACGGAGGCUUGAGGCACUAAAAAAGGCCCAGCAGCAGAAACAAGAGUGGCUUUCAAAAGGACAUGGAGAAUACAGAGAAAUCCCAAGUGAGAGAGACUUUUUCCAAGAAGUCAAAGAAAGUAAAAACGUGGUUUGCCAUUUCUAUAGAGAUACAACUUUCAGGUGUCAGAUAUUGGACAAACAUUUGACUGUAUUGGCAAAAAAGCAUGUUGAGACAAAAUUCUUGAAAUUAAAUGCUGAAAAAUCUCCUUUCUUGUGCGAGAGACUGCGCAUCAAAGUAAUUCCCACUCUAGCACUAGUAAAAGAUGGAAAGACACAAGACUAUGUUGUGGGCUUUACCGAUCUCGGCAACACUGACGACUUCACUACAGAGACCUUAGAAUGGAGAUUAGGCUGUGCAGAUGUAAUUAAUUACAGUGGGAAUUUGAUGGACCCACCUUUUCAAAGCCAAAAGAAAUUUGGAACAAGCUUUACAAAGUUGGAUAAGAAGACCAUCAGAGGAAAGAAAUAUGACUCAGAUUCUGAUGAUGACUAGAAGAACAGCUAAAUGUAUUUGUAAAUCAUCUUUUGUUUAUGCUUGGUACAUUUCUAAGAAUGUUUUUUAUAAAGCUUACUGCUUUUCAUUACAUCUGCACAUAAUGCUCAUUUUUCUAUACAGUUUUAUACAACUGAGUCACAGCGGAAAAAAGCUUAAAUAUUUUUUUUUCCUCUUUUGGAAGUCGUUUGUAAUUAAAAAAUCUGAGUCCUUCUAACUAAUUAACUUGGCAAAUGAUGAACUUUGUCUUAAGUAUAAGUUUAUGAAGUGUUUUGAAGUAAGUGUUAGACUAACUGUACCAAGUCAGACCAAAGGUCCCUCUGGCCCAGCAUCUGGUCUCAGUGGCCAAAAGCAGAUGCAUGAAGAAGAGUAAAAACAGGGUGAGUAGAUAGCAAUGCUUCCCCAGAAUAUGCUUUAAGCAGUCUGUAGCUUGGGGAACUCUGU